AUGUGGCGUUUUAAUAAAGAAAAAAAUGAAACUGAAGAUUUAUUGCUAGCCGCAAGUUGUUUUUUUUUGCCCUCAUCAUCAUCCCAGGUUGCUAAACGAAAACCCAAACGUUUUUGGAUUAGACCAAGCCUAAAAAUGCGAGAAAGUUGUUCGAUAGACAAAUUGUUAGUUCAGCUGCGCGCAGAUGAUAUUGGACUAAGUGGUGAAAUUCGAUCAAGCUUCAAAAAUUUUUUAAGAAUGUCCACCGAAGAUUUUGAGAAUCUAAUAUGCCUUGUUGGUCCUGCAGUUGCAAAAAGACAUACUAACUUUAGAAAUGCUAUAAGUGUAACAGAACGUUUAGCAAUCACUUUAAGAUUUUUAGCAACAGGUGAUUCCUACCAUAACCAAACCAUUUUGAACUGAAAAGUUUCCCAGCCCCAGAUUUUUUAAGUUUUUUGUAGUUUCGUCUUUCUCUAGCAUACUGGUUGUUAACAUUCUUUAUUUUUUUUUUCAACAUCAU